AUGGCCUGGACGGAUCGAGUUGCCAAGCAUCCAUGGUUUCGAAAAAUUUGCAAUGCUGUGAAUGUCUGCGCCGCUUUCAUUGUCGGAUCGACCUACAUUGACGAACAUGCAGCGUUUACAGCUCGUGGGCUCGUGAAAAAUGACGCCUAUCGCGACCGCCUGCUUGCUGGGGAGAUCGAAGACCUGGUCAUGUUGAGUGACGCUUUGCGUCUCACGUUACCGCAGCGCAAGGCAUACUUCCAGUGUUUUCUUCAUGUCGACUUUAUGCGUCGGUCGAGCGUCUCUCGUGCGGAGUUGCUGCGCUAUUGCAAUCUACGAUCUACUCCACUCACAACUUUCUUACUACCAAACGCGAAGGAAGCUGCGCAUCGAGCAACUGGACGAAAUCGUUGGGAUAUCACGCAGCUACUGGCAGCGUGUUUUUCCUUGUGUACAGCCGACAUUGCUGAGGUUUGUAGCUAUCGGUAUUGA